AUGGCUAAAUAUAAGACUGGCCAGUCAGUUCGCUACAAGCCAGUUGGCGGUCCUGACUCGCAAACCUCUGAGACUGUUGGUGUUAUUACUGACGUGUUGACGGAGCCUGGCAUUCAAGCCGAUCGAAAUGUCCAAGCCAGCCCUGAUUCUCCUCGGUACGAGAUUCAGAAUUCGAACACUGGCAAGGUAACUACAGUGUACGAGGCCAACAUUCUCGGUCUAUCCGAGUAA